UGUUAUACCCGGAGAGAGGUUAACCCCCACGUCACAUCAUGAUUCUUCAAAGGCUCUUCCGAUUCUCAUCUGUUUUCCGCACUUCAGUCUCUGUUCAUUUGCGGAGGAACAUUGGACUGACAGCCAUCGCAUUUAAUAAGGCGAAAGAGCUUGAUCCAGUGCAGAGACUCUUUGUGGACAAAAUCAGAGAGUACAACACAAAGAGCCAGAAAUCUGGUGGCCCCGUUGAUGCUGGCCCCGAGUACCAGAAGGAUUUAACUGAAGAUGUCACCAAGCUUCAGAGGUUGUAUGGAGGUGGAGACCUAGCCAAAUUUCCCGAAUUUAAGUUUGAAGAACCUAAAUUUGAAGAGUCGACUAAAUAAGCAGCCCGCCUGGACAGCACUUGGAACGUCUGUUGUUUCCGGGACUUGCGUCUACCCCAGUAGUAACUUAAUAAACCGCUUUGGUGAAUUUUCA